GACGCCUUACGAGGGCUAGGUACUGAUGAGGCGCAGAACACUGCUUUACUGUCUUUACGACAUGCUGACCGCCUGCCCCGCCCACAUGUUCCAGUCUGUCACAAGCUCGCUUCCAAGCUUCCGUGUUGACAGUGUUAGAUCAAGCACUUGCCAUGACUAUUUUCAUUGGACUAUUUUCAUUGCAUCUUCGAUUCAAGCCGGCUUACUCGGCGGUCGGAGCAUAGUUCGUAUGCGCAAAAGAUAAGCCGUAUUGUUUGAAGAACCUGCUCAGCUCAAUCAUCAUACAAGGUACAAAAGAAGUCAUGGCCCACUGACUCUGCAUAUCACAUCCAGCGUAUCAUACCUGCACCUUCAGUCAUUUGCUUGAGUAACCAUCAUGAUGUACUCUCGUUCUGUACUCUUCACGGUGGCUGCCGCCUCCAUCACCUUCGUUAACGCUGCUCCCCAAUUCGACGUUCCUAGCGAUGGCCCCAUCUGUUACUCAUAUGGUGUUGACUUUAUCGAUGAAGGAAGCUACUUCAUUAAUGCAACAUCGACCGAAGACUUUAGUGCUGUCUCUUACUUCCAAGGUUGCAACAAAGAUGGUGAGGCCGAUGUCAUGCUCAUCGCACCUGAGGAUGCACCUGGAGAGACGGAAUUCAUAUGCGACCAAAUCCCUACAACCCCUGACAAUACGAAUGAAAUCUCGAAAUGUCCUAUCCAGAAGGACCAGAUGGUUUCAGGACAUUGGCUCCUUCUCGUUAUGGGAAACAACGGUUACAAUGCCGAUGGCAAGAAUGGCCAGCCUUUCGCGUGGCAAAGAGAUUUGUACUUGACCGUCGGUACAGCGGUCACUACCACAUAUACCCCAACAGUGACUGCGUCCAUGACUGAGACACCUACAAUGACUCAAACUAUUAUUACCACCUCGACUGACGUUGUCACUGCUGGACCAACCUCGACUGUUACCGUACCCAGUGGCACGGCCAAGAAGAUCAAGACAGUGAGGCCCAAGGCAGUCACCACGACAUCUACGAAAACUAUGACCCGCACUAAGGUCUCCUGGACCAAACAAGUUGGUGUCACUACCAAGACUGUCACAGCCACCUGCACCACUCCAGCUCAUGUUGGUCGGCCUGACAAGCCUUGCACGUACUCUCCCACCAAGAUCCACCCUGCGGCCCUCGAGACACCAACUCACAUGCCCAACUACAACCGCUUGUUCCGCAAGGGCGAUCGCGAAGUCGACUACGAAUGGGCGCGUGCUCGCAUUGAGGCCGCAAAGCAAAGGCGCGCUGAGCAGGCUGGAAAGCUUGAUCGCCGUGCUCCUGACGCUCCCACGACAACUGUCACUUACGGAACUCCAGUCUCAGUAGUCGCUACUAUGACUGCGCCAGCUAUUACCACAACCGAGACCGUUCUGCUCACAGCCUCUGCUACGACAACGCUUCCUCCUCCCACUGUUCUCUCCGGCCUUCUGACUUUGACCACUACGCUGCCAACUCCGACAAAAACCAAGUUCAGGCUAGCCUUUGCCACCACAACCAAGGUCAUCACUUUCGGCGGCACAUUUACUAAGACAACAACGGUAACUCCUACGGCGGCAGUGAGUGCCUGCAGGAAGCACGGUGGUCAUUUCUGGCGGUUCUAGUGAAUCAUGGUCUGUGUUAGAUUCGGGCCUUUAAUUAUUUGAUUUAUAUUUGCUGUUGUUCGAGCGCGCAUAGCAUGUAUCACAACUGAUGUGCAUAGCACCGGUUAGACGAAUUCAUGACUCUUUCUCUA